UCAGUCUGAUUGAUCUUGCGCGCGGUCUCGAUUGAUCUGCCCUUCUUACUACUUAGAAUAGUGAUUCCGCGAAAUACGGGAAAUUGUUAACAACGGCGCGAUCCAUUAGUAUUAUCUUCAACGUUUUACAUAUACUCAUUUUCUACCCGUAAGACGAAACGGCGCACAUCAUGGCUGAAGCACCGGGCACACCGCCUCCCACAACCGCACCCGCAGCCGGUGUCGCGUCCCCCAACCCGGCACCGACGAGUCCAUCGCGAGUCGUCCCGGCGGUGGCAAUUGAACCCGCUCAGCAGGAUGAUCCCGUCGAAGCUGAUGAGGGGUUUGCAAGUGAUAAUGACUCUUCGAUCGAUGAUAGAAUCUCGAGUUACACUGCGUCCCUAUCAUCCAGCGUCAUCGACUAUCCGGAAGAAUACGGCCGUCGCUAUCAUGCAUUCAGACCGGGCUCCUACUCGUUUCCAAAUGACGAGGUCGAGAUGGAGCGCCUCGACAUGGCCCACGCCAUGAUGGUGAGGGCGAUUGGAAGCAAGCUCUGGCUGGCGCCGCUGUCCAAGGAGAAGGUCCAUCGUAUCCUGGAUAUUGGCACGGGUACUGGAAUCUGGGCUGUUGAGAUUGGCGACAUUUUCGAGAAUGCCGAGGUUAUCGGGAAUGACUUGAGUGCUAUCCAACCAGAGUGGGUGCCCCCGAAUGUCAAAUUCGAGAUUGACGAUGUCGAGAGCGAAUGGGUCGGUGUCAAGAAAUACGACUUCAUCAUGUGCCGCUACAUGGCCGCCUCCAUCCAGGACUGGCCGAAGCUGAUUGCCAAGAUUUACGAGUACGUAACUCUCUACUCACUCCCUCUGACUUGGCCCAUCUUCAUUCUGAUUGCCUCCCCCUCCAGCAACCUCAACCCAGGAGGCUGGGCCGAGUUCCAAGACAUGAGCACAGAAUACUACUCCGACGACGGCAGCUAUAGACCCGAACACGCAACCUACGUAUGGAACCAGACCUUUGUCGAGACGCUCGACAAGAUCGGGCGCGACCCGCGGCCCGGACCGAAACUCGAGGGGUGGGUGCGCGGGCACGGCGGGUUCGAGCACGUGGCGCACCACAAGUUCAAGACGCCCAUCGGGCCGUGGGCGCGGCACCGGCACUUUAAGGACCAGGGGUUGCUGAACUUGGCGCAGAUUUUGGAGGGCCUGGAAGGGUUCUCGUUAAAGUUGCUGUGUGGUGUUUUGGGGAGGAGUAAGGAGGAGGUGUUGGUGCAGCUUGCGGAGGUGAGGAGGGAGUUGAAGACGGGAGUGUUUCAUGCGUUGUUGGAUUUGUGAGUUGUUUCCCUUCCCUUGUUCUUCCUUCUCUUCAUUU